AUUAGGAUUCCUAAUUUGAUGACACCUCCCUCAGAUGACACACGUCCAAUUAUAAGGGAAGCUCUCCUUCCAGUUUACGUUCUUUCUCUCGCCCAAGUUCUUCGAGCAGAGGAAAGGAAAUUUCCUCCAAAUCUUCACGCUGAAAGGAAACAAAUAUGAUUCAGCCCUGAUUCCUCGCUGCGUUGGGUCACGGAAGGAAAGAAAUCUCAGAUCCAUGGCUCUCUGCAUCGUAUCAAAGAUUCCUCCAAUCUCUCUACAACUCGAUUAUUCACCGACUAAAAAAAGGGCAAGGAAAAUCAGCGCACACAUUGUUUUCCUUCUACCGUCGCUAAAAAGUUCAAGGGUAAAUUAUUCGAUCGGUCACCUUCGUCUCCUUCUUUUGCGCAAGAGGGAUAGUGUCCUGGAAUCGGUUGGAACAGGCUCUGGCAAGACAUCACUAAAAAAAUCGGUUGAAGACGUGGCAAGCAACUUUUUGGACAAUUCCUAAGUAGAACCUCGAGCGCACAAAUUGGACAACAAAAUCAUGGAACAUCCCUGGUAACUUUCUUCAAUGUUUAUAUUUUAUAUAUUUAUUUGAUCUAAAUUUGCAUUUUAAAUAAAAUUCAGUAUUUAUCUCCAUGACUAUGGAACAUGGAAGAAUUUCAGCAUCGUUUGGCAAUCGAGAAUGAAGCAGAGGGUAGUCA